GGGGCAGGCGGGGACGGGGGCGGGACGGGGCCGCCCCUGCUCCGGGCGGCCUUGAAAUACCAGCGGCGGGCUCAGCGCUGCGCAGCGCCCCGGCUCCCUGCACCAUGGGUGGCAAGAAAGUCUGCAUCGUGGGCUCUGGCAACUGGGGCUCGGCCAUCGCCAAGAUCGCCGGCAGCAAUGCGGCACAGCUGAGCACCUUUGAGAACCAGGUGAACAUGUGGGUGCUGGAGGAGGAGGUGGACGGCCGGCGGCUCACCGACAUCAUCAACACGGAGCACGAAAAUGUCAAGUACCUGCCAGGGCACAAGCUGCCCCCCAAUGUGGUAGCAGAGCCAGACCUGCUGAAAGCCUGUGCUGGGGCUGACAUCCUCCUGUUCGUGGUGCCCCACCAGUUUAUCCGCAAAGUCUGUGACCAGCUCAAGGGCCACGUGAAGAAAGAUGCUAUUGGGAUGUCGCUCAUUAAGGGGGUGGACGAAGGACCAGAUGGGCUGAGGCUGAUCUCAGACAUUAUCCAUGAGAAACUGGGAAUCGAGAUGAGCGUCCUCAUGGGGGCCAACAUUGCUAAUGAAGUGGCAGGAGAGAAGUUCUGUGAAACAACCAUCGGCUGCAAGAACACGCAGCACGGGCAGACGCUGAAGGAGCUGAUGCAGACCCCGAAUUUCCGGGUGACGGUGGUGCAGGAAGCUGACACUGUAGAGAUCUGCGGGGCUCUCAAGAACGUUGUGGCUGUAGGAGCUGGUUUCUGUGAUGGACUCGGUUAUGGAGACAACACAAAGGCUGCCGUGAUCCGUCUGGGGCUGAUGGAGAUGAUUGGCUUUGCCAAACUCUUCUGUAAGGGCCCCGUCUCCCCCUCCACCUUCCUGGAGAGCUGCGGGGUCGCUGACCUCAUCACUACCUGCUAUGGUGGCCGCAACCGCAAGGUGGCUGAGGCUUUUGCCAAGACUGGGAAGUCUAUUGAGCAGCUGGAGAAGGAGAUGUUGAAUGGGCAGAAGCUGCAGGGUCCCCAGACAUCUGCUGAGCUGCAUCGCAUCCUGAAAAGCAAGAAUGUAGUGGAGAAGUUCCCCCUCUUCACAGCUGUGUAUCAGAUCUGCUACGAGGGCAAACCUGUUACCGAUGUCAUCAAGUGUCUCCAGAAUCACCCUGAGCAUAAGUAAGUGGACUCUGCCUGUGAAACCACCGAUCCUGCCAAGAAGCGUGGGGAGCUCCUGCCUGCACCAACUUGCUCUGAUGCUACAGCUUUGUGAGGAGUCCGGAUUUCCUGGGAGCCUUUGCAGAGUGCUGGAAGGGCAGAGGUUCCCUUUCUCAGCCCUGGACUCUGCCAGCCUGAGCCUGACAUCUGCACAGAGGUACCUGCUGAUCUCCCUCUCUCCUUGAAGGGCUCAUUUAGCUUCUGCUGAUCUCUAGGGUCUGCCCGGAGCGGGGCCGAGCGUCUUCCUCCUUUCACUUUCUCUUGCUGUGAUGGAUUCAGUUCUCAGAGAGACUCUGCCAGGUCAUCUUGAUCGAUACGGGCUGUGCAGGAGGCACUGCCUUUGCUAUUAGCCCCAUGGGGCCACUCUGCUCCCUGCUGUUGCUUUUGGCUUAACUGUCUCGUGGAGAAGGCACGGUUCCCCACCAGGCUCCACCAGGAUGAGUGAAGCUCCUAUGGACUUUCAAAGGGGCUGAGAAUCACUUUUAAGAAGCACCGGCACAGAAAAUAGCAUUCUUUUCCACCCUGCCAUGUGCUAUUUCCCUAGCCACUGCCAGCUGCUCCAGAUGAAUGGUACAGCCAAUGCUUUGCUUGUGAGGGCAGCCCCAGGGCGAGACUUUAGAGCUUGUUUGUUUAGACUUUUUGCUCUCACAAUCAAACCUGGCCCCUGCACCUGGGGAACUCCCCCGUUGUCAGAUCUGCCUGUGUUAAUUCCAUGCCCACUGAUUCUCCCCGGGCAGCCUUUCUCCCUCCUAUCGCUUUGUCCUCUGGCUGGCUUUGGCAGUGCAGGGGCCCACUGCCCCGAAGUCUUUCUGAGCAGCUGGCAGGCUGUGUAGCCCUUGGCAGCGUACCUGACAAAGCAGCGGGUCAUGUUGCUUUUAUAUGAAUGAUCCACAGCAGCUUUCUGCCUUCUCUCUGACUUGCUCCCAUCUGUGCUUCUACAUGGCUUUCCAGGUGCUAAGAAAGCAGGUUCCGCGCUUUUUCCCUGUUGCCCCUCCUGCGAGGGUGCUGGAAACUGCCCGCUGGCACAAGGGGCAGCAAUGGACAUGUGAUCUGCAAGAGGUACGAGGAGACCUCCAACAUCACAGGAGAGGACAGAGGUCUCAUGCCUUGUGUUGUGCCUUUGAAACUUGCCCCUUGUCCAGCCGGGUGCCACGUGCCCCUCUGGUCCUCUGAAGCUGGCUCACUCUGCUGGUGUUUGCUCAGGCCAGCGUGUCCAGCGGUUCACUGAUCCCUGUCUGGGCUGGCAGGCUGGAGCUGCUGCAGGUCUUGCUGUCCACCCCCAUUCCGGGCCCUAGUGCCACCGGGUCUCUGACUAGCAGUGUACUUUACGAACCUUUAAAUUAAUAAUAAACUUGGAGAGGAGAGGGGAGAUGUGCUCUUUGCUCUGUG